AUGUCGGAUUCUUUACACCCUACCGACUGGGAGUCAACGAUCGACAAAUAUCAACAAAUUGAAACGGCCACCAUCGAAAAGUUGCAGUCAAUAAUACCAGCGUUGAAAGGAUUACAAGUUUCUCUUAGAGAACGUGGAAAAAAAUUCACAAUUGCAAACACAGCUGCGAAUGCAACAACUUGUGGGCUAUCGGUUCUAACCGUCAUUUUGACAAUAACCAUUCCAUUGACAGCCGGCGCCACAACUCCACUUGCCUUAGCCGCCGGUGUUGCGGCUGUUGGCACAGGUGCAACCUCUGUCGGAAUCAAUAUAGCUGGGAACAUUGUUGAUGCUCACGCUUUGACAGACGAAAUUCAAGAAGUGUUGACGAUUCCGAUCACUGGAUUGAGUCUGUACAUUGAGCGUGUUGCGGAGCAGAGGAGAAAUGAGAUUGUCCGAUUGCGAGAGAUGUCAAAUUCGAUAGACUAUGCCAGUUUUUUCGGCGCUUUCUUUCACAGUCUUGGGCGUUUUGCGGCACUAGGCGGAUUUGCGGCACGUGGUUUACUUGAAGUAGCGGCAAAAGCGCUGCCACGUCUCGGGCUAGCCGCUGCUGGUGUCGUCUUAUCAGCAGCCGUCGAUUUUGUCUUUUUGGGUAUCAACAUACGCGAUUUGAUCACAGGAGACACGAGCUCUCGAGCAAAUCAAUUAGAGAAGCUCAUCGCUGACGUCAAGGAUCUGAUUGAUUGGAUUCGGGAGGAUGUUCAAAGGCGACGAGAGAUCUACUUUCUCGAAGAAGUAGCUUCUUUGAUGGAAAUGGCUCAAAUGCUUAAGUUGGUAAAAACAAAGACGGGGGAACCUGUUUGCGUGGACGUCUACUUCAAUGAAAUCCUUGAAAAGAUCAAAGACAUGCCGAGCCUCGUCGUCGGGAUUUGCGGCGUUCAACGGACAGGCAAAAGCUUUUUGCUUGAACUGCUCCGAAAAACCAUUCUCGACACAGGCAUCUUGGAUGAUCCAAAAACAGAAAUUGGGGAGCCACACAGCGUUCGCUAUUUUUCUGGCAAAAAACCGUGCACUCAAGACAUCGAAAUUUGGAGUGAGCCCUUUAUUUUCCAAGCACCAAAUGGACAAAAGUGGGCCAUUUUGCUAUUGGAUGCGCAAGGACUUUUUGACGAUCGAGCACCUCCAGAAGUGAACACGUUUAUCACUGGUUUCUUGGCAAUGUUUUGUGAUAUUCUGGUGUACAACGUGAAGCAAUUCAAUAUGAAUGAUUUCAAGAAUUUAACAGACCCAGUUGCAAUGUGUGACGAAAAGGAUAUACCUUUGGCCGAAAAAUCGAUUAUCUAUAUUCUCGAUCGAGACGCUGUGGAAGACUUUGGACAUCAUCCUGACUACUUUACCCAGGAUACUAUCCUCGCCAAUUACAAACACGAAUCAGAGGUGCUCAGAAGUACAUUUUCUGCCAUUCGACUAAUUUCGUUCCCUGAGCCGCCACCUUUUGUAAAGAAAGCCUCCUAUUUCACGCCGAUCACUCUCGGAAAUGGCUCGUCUACAAUCGACGAAGCGAUGUCCGAGUUUUUGGACACUUUUAAAGAGUUUCUGCAUUUGUUGAAAGGCGAUAUCAAAGAGAUGCAGCGACAUCGUCCAAAAGGUCGUUUCCUUCAUUUCAAGACUUUCGCCAAAAAUGCCAGCCAACUGAAGACAGAUGAUGUUCGAAAGAGUUCUGAGAUGUUCUGGCAGCUGAUUGCCAUGCAAGCUAGCACCGAGGCCUACACCAAACUUAUCGCUCACGUCAUUGAAAUUCAAGAUGGGGAUCUUCAAAAAAAUUUGCAGACCCUAAAACAACUGCAAGAAGAGGCGGACCAGCUGCUUCGAGAAAGACUGCAAGAAAAACCAGAUGAGUUUGUGGCUGAAGAAAUCCUCAAGUUCCAUAAGCUCUGUCAGCCCCAACUCGAGAAGAAAGUUGAGCAACUGCGCCUUCUCGCCUACGAGGCGAUGCUUGUCGAGCUUUGCGCAGCGCACAAGCAGCAAAUGAAAAGUCUUCGCGGAGCUGUUUCUGAGGUGCAAAACGUGCACAGCGCUUUCAAAGCCGAGCUGAAAACAAAGCAACGCGAAUUUAAAGAGGCUGCCUUUGAAAAUCACGAUUUGAGUCAACCAGCAAUGACGAAACUACUACGCAUCACACGAGUACAGGAGACAAAAAUUGAAGAGUGUUUGGGGUCAUCUCGUUUAAUCAAAAUUCGAGUUGCGUUCACAGACUUUGCAAAGCAACUUGCUCGUCGAGGAACCGAAAACAUUUUAAAAAUCGCCAAAGUGCUCGAUCUUUGCGGAAACAAGAAACCCGAGUUAAUUCAUCGUUCUUUUAAUGGAGAGCUCAAUAGGAUCAAGAAGGAAUUCAAAGUGAAAAAAGACGAGAUUCUCAAAGCAAACCCCUCUGUGCACGAAGAGCUCACCAUCAACAUCAUCGUCGAGGUUUACGCGAAUGAGAUCUUCCUACCGAUUCAGCAAGCAAUGGCUGAAGCGACAAAUCUCGUCAAUCAGAGGUGGAAAGAACAUCUUACCAGAAAAGCUAAGAAAUCUCGCUUUGCCGAGUAUCUGACGCUACUCCUUCAAGAUAGUGCUGAGCCAACUGCAAACUGCACAGCU